CACGCAGCCUUCGCUUUUUGUCGUGUUUCCCCGUCAGCGGGCGAGGGGCGCUAACCCUAAUUAGCCUCCACCCAAUAUGAGCAGCUCCCUCCAUGCUGCCACCAGCAGCAGUCAAAUCGUCGCCGUUGCUACCACCAGACUCGAUCGCCUUGUAUCGCUCCUUGAGACUGGCUCGACGCUGGCCGUGAAGCAGACCGCCGCCCAGCAACUGGGCCAGAUCGCGGCGUUAAGCGUCAGAGGCGGCGGCACUGGCCUUGGCGCUGGCACUAGCGCGGGUACGGAUGCGACGGCGGGUGAUGCAGGUGUCAGCAGCGCGUUGAACAAUGCUGGCGGGGGCACAGUCAAAUCAGAAAAGCAAGCAUCGCAAGCUGGCGACGUAGAGCGACAGGAAGCACAGCAUGCAUCAGGCUCAAACAUCAAGCUCGAAGACCUCUCUGCCGCGAGUGCAACCGCGUACCACGGCCUUGAUGGCGACUGGCACGAGAGCGUCUACCUCCUCGCCAAGGUCCUCCCGCACUUACGGUCCAAGAGCUGGGACACGCGCGUCGCCGCUGCCUCGGCCAUCGAGGUCAUCUGCCGCGCCAGCGGCGUUUGGGAUGUUCGUUCCGGCUCCAGCCUUGUGGAAGAUGGUGGUGGUGCACAUCAGGGGAAGGUGCAGACAGUCAAGAAGGAAGAGGCAGAUGGAGAUGGUGACGCAUCCAUGGCAAACGGCUCGAUCCACUCUGCCGAACAAAGAGAAGAAGACCCUCUGCCUCCAGACACAUUGUCCUUCCGCACCUUCUCCCUUGCGAAUCUCCUUGCCACGGGCCCUAAGCUGCUUUCGUCUGCCGGCAAAGAGUACAUCCUCACCGGCGGCUCGGUCGCCGAGCGCCUCGCGGCCGCCAAGCGCAACCUCAAGAGCCUCGGGCUCGACAUGGGCGGCCCCACCGGCGUCGGAGACGACGGAAAUGACCUCGGCCUAGACGUAGAGGCCGAGCUGCGAGCGGGUGAGGCGCAGCAAGAGCAACAGCAGGCGCAGAGCGAUAGCAAGGAAGACUCUCCUUCUGCUGCUCUUGAUCGCGAAGGCCCGGGACUGAGGAUCGACAGGUCCAGCAAGGCGCCCUUGUCCUCGUUGCCUCAGCCAUGCGUUGGGCUCGCAUCCGCGUCCGCCGCGUCUUCAUUUGGUAGUGCAGCUGCGGCGGCACCAACGGGAGGCAAGCAGUCUUGGCUUGUCGCUUCGCCGACACUCGCUUCGCCGUCCUUGAGCAUUUCUGCGUCAUCCGGUCAUUCAGGAUCUGCGCUCCCCACAAUGGCUGCAGCUGCGGUUGCGGAACAGGAGCCACCCGCACCCGCGGAGGUGGACUUGUCGAAGCUGUCGGCGCGGGAGCGCAACCAGCUCAAGCGUAAGCGAAAGAUGGAAGGCAAGGGAUCCGUUGCUGGUGGCGAUAGCAGUGGCGCAAGCACAGCGACGCCGUCACGGAGCGCAGGCGCGACGACGCCGCUUGGCCGUCGCGCGUCCGAGUACUCUGAAAAAACGCGCGUUGUCGAGAGCCCCGCUGCUGCUGCUGCCGGUACCGCAUUCAGCAACGGAAGUGUGGCCAAUGCGGAUAGGCUACGCAUCAAGUCUCCCACCCCCAGCGCUGUCGGGCUCGACGCACGGCAUAGCGAUGCAGCGGCAGCAUCUAAGGCGACCAACGGUGAAGCACGCGAUCACCUUUGCGCCAUAGCUGCUCCCACUGCCAGACCCUCGUCUUCUUUGCAAACGCCAAGCGUCGAGCAGCCCACUCCAUCGCCAGAAGUAGCAACGCCAGUGUCCAGCGCGAAAGACGGCUCGGCGUUACUGGCGCCCGCGGGCGAGUGGCCAUUCCAGCUCGUCGCACAGGUCCUCGCGGCCGACCUGUUCAACGCGCAGUGGGAGAUCCGGCAUGGCGCCGCACUAGGGCUCCGCGAAGUCAUCCGGACACAAGGCGCGUGUGCUGGCAUGUGCGUCGGUAGUGGGGGCGGCGGCGCGGAGAAAUUCGCAAACGGGGAGGGUGGUGGUACUGGGUCCCAAAGCGCAAGCGAAGCAAGCAGGAACGUCGCGCUGCACGGGCGCUGGUGCGAGGACAUGGCGAUCCGCUUGCUGUCUGUCCUAUCGCUCGACCGGCUCGGCGACUUUAUCUUCGACCACGUCGUCGCGCCCGUGCGCGAAACUGCGUCCCAGACGCUCGCGGCGCUCUUCCGCGUCAUGCCCAACGUCGUGCAGCGCGAAACGCACGCAUGCCUCAUCGCCAUGAUCCUGCAGGACUACCUCGAUGCGUCACCCCGUGCAGCCGCUGGCGCCAGCGAUGCGCUGGACAAGUUCGCGAUUGGACGUGGAGUCAAGGGGUACAGCUGGGAAGUGCGGCAUGCGGGGCUGCUCGGCCUCAAGUACGAGCUGGCGCUCCGGGAUGAGGCGGCGGGGGUGCAAAAGCAGGAUGGUGAGGUGGGGACGUUGAGAGAGAUCGUGAACAUGGCUACGCUGGCCUUACGCGACGAAGACGACGACAUCCGCGGCGUGGCGGCUUCAAUGCUAAUUCCCGCCGCAAAUGAGAUCGUCACACACCUACACGACAUGCUUCCUCGCGUCAUCCACCAGCUCUGGGAGUGCCUUGAGCAUGCCCGCGACGACCUAUCCAGCAGUCUCUCGAGCAUCAUGGACCUUUUGUCGACGCUUAUGCAGAACAGCGUGGUCAUCACGCUGAUGCGCUCCUCUGCCUCACGUCCCCUUCCGCAGCUCAUCCCGCUCGUGUACCCGUUCUUCCGCCACACGAUCUCAAGCGUGCGCGCCGCGGCAGUGCGCGCGAUCGUCACGUUCCUCGGCAUGCGCGACGCUGUCCCGAGCUGGGCGGACGAUCGCAUCUUCCGCUUGCUCUUCCAGAACAUGGUCGUCGAGGAGAAGCCAGACAUCCGCCAGCACAGCGCCAACGCAUGGGCCACGCUCCUCUCGGCCUUUGCGAGCGACCCAGCGUGGCUUGCGUCGACGCUCGGCCCGCACGUCACGCGCUUCUACGCGAUCCUUAUGACGCCCCUGGGGCACCGCUUCGACCCGAGCCUGUUCUACCGGCCGACGGGCGCCGCAGCGAACGGAGCACACGACGUCGACAAAAGCAUGCUCGCACAGGACUUGACGCUCGUCGGCAUGGACAGCAUCAUCCGCGGCCGUCUCAGCGCAGCCAUGGCGCUCGGCGAGGUACUUGCGCUCUGGCCCGCCGAGCGCGUCGGUGCAGACUUUGAGUCGCAACUCGACGCCUACCUGUCCUCCAGCUCUGCCUUGCAGCGCUGCCUCGCCGCAGCGGUUCUGCAGGAAUGGGCCGAGGCCUGCUGGCGUCGCAGCGAGUCGGUCAUUGCCACAUCGCCAUCAGCGCAGAAGCUGAGCGCAAAAAUGAUCGGCAUUCUCGAGUCGCCCGCGCCGAUCACGUACGCUGAGAUGACAACGCUGUUGUUGCGCACGCAGACUGAAUGCCAGGCGCUCUGCAACAUGUUCGUCCGCGACGGCAAGCUGGCGCGCGACGCGGUACCGGUGCUGUCGUCCACCGUCGAUCCGACUGGGCACGAUGCAAGCGCAUUCAGCCUCGCAAGUGCCAAGACCAUCGCCGGUGAGACCUACCAGGCGCUGCUGCCCAAGAUCUCGAAACGGACGCAGAAAACGGCUCUGCCGCUGUUGCAGCAGAAGCACCGCGUCGUCGUCGCUUCUAUCGGGUUCUACGAGACGGCCAAGUCGAAGCAGGAUACACAAAUGUUUGCUUCAGUCGCCUCCGCCGUCAUCGCCCUCGGGUCCCUUCCAGAUAAGCUCAACCCCAUCAUCCGGAGCAUCAUGAACAGUGUCAAGUUUGAGGAAAGCCGCGACCUGCAGGAACGCUCGGCGAUGGCCGUUGCGCACCUCAUCGAGGUCUGUUGCCGAUCGGGCGCCAAAUCCAACCCUUCUGGCAAGGUCGUUAAGAACCUCUGCGCAUUCGUAUGCCAGGACACGAGCAUCACGCCGGUCUUUGAGGCAUCGAGCCACAUCUUCGAGGGCAUCCUGUCGAUCAAGGAUGCUAGCAUUGGCGUCAAGAAGGACGAAUCAGAGGGUACGCCAGAGGAGGCAGAAGGCAGACUCAUCCGUCGCGGCGCGCAGGUCGCACUGGCAGCCAUCGCUAAGCGAUUCGGCGCGUCCCUCUUCACGAGUGUCGCCGGUCUGUGGGAUAGCAUCGCAUCUGCCCUUGAUGCAGUCACCGCAAGCAAGCAGCCUGAUGAGUUGGAUAAUGUUCUCGCGAGUGGCAGCGCGCAAGCAUUGCUUGACGGCCUCAACGUCCUGCAAACCGUUCUGCCGCAUGUGGCCAUUGAGCUGCAUACAGCUGUCAUUGAACUUCUGCCGAAGCUCACGCUGGCCCUGCAGAGCAAAUUCGCAGUAAUCCGAUCUGCCGCAGCUCAAACGAUCGCUGCUUCGGCUCAGCAGAUCACGUCUUCGACUAUGCUGCAUAUCGUUCACCACAUCAUUCCAUUGCUCAAUGACGCAACGUUGUUGCGCAACCGCCAAGGAGCUGCAGAGGCCAUCGCGCUCACGGUCGGAGCCCUUGAUCUUGACGUCUUGCCCUACCUCAUCUUCCUCAUUGUUCCACUGCUGGGACGCAUGGGUGACCCGAGCGACGAUGUACGCUUGCUUGCAGCUAGCACAUUUGGCAUCCUCGUCAAAAUGGUUCCUCUCGAGGCUGGACUCCCUGACCCGGUCGGCUUCCCAACAGAGUUGCUCGACAAAAGACAGGAGCAGCGACUGUUCCUAGAGCAACUCUUGGGUAAUAACAAGGUUCAGCACUAUGAGAUCCCCGUGUCGCUCAACGUCGAGCUCAGAAAGUAUCAGCAAGACGGUGUCAACUGGAUGGCAUUCCUCUCUAAGUAUCAGCUUCACGGAGUGUUGUGCGACGAUAUGGGUCUUGGCAAGACACUGCAGUCCAUCGCAAUCCUCGCGAGCAAGCACUAUGAACGCGAUCAGAGAUAUAAGGCGACUGGUUCUCCUGAUUCCAAACCGCUUCCGUCUCUUGUCAUUUGUCCGCCUACGCUCACGGGCCAUUGGGUGUUCGAGAUUCGCAAAUAUGCAACUAAUCUCCGGCCACUGCUCUUUGGAGGUCUCCCAGCUGAGCGCGCGCUGCUCCUCAAUGAUAUCCCAAAGCAUGAUGUAAUUGUCAUGUCGUACGACGUUGUGCGCAACGACAUCGCAUCCCUUUCCCCGAUCGCCUGGAAUUACUGUAUUCUUGACGAAGGUCACAUCAUCAAGAACGCAAAAACAAAGACGACCAAGGCAGUCAAGACGCUCAAAGCGAAUCAUCGGCUCCUUCUUUCGGGCACUCCGAUCCAGAACAGCGUUCUAGAGCUCUGGUCUCUUUUCGACUUCCUCAUGCCAGGGUUCCUCGGUACUGAGAAGGCCUUCCACGAGCGAUUCAGCAAGCCGAUUCUAGCAACGCGCGAUGGCAAAGCUACUGCCAAGGAACGCGAAGCCGCUGCUUUGGCCCUCGAGGCGUUACACAAGCAGGUCUUGCCUUUCGUUCUGCGCAGACUCAAGGACGACGUCUUGGACGAUCUGCCUCCAAAGAUUAUCCAGGACAUCGAGUGCGAGCUCGGCGACGUGCAACGCCAGCUGUACGACGACUUCACCAAAGCACAAAGCGGAUCGCUUGAGGAUAUGAGUUCUGGCGGCGAGGACGGCAAGCAGCAUGUCUUCCAGACCCUUCAGUAUCUGCGCAAGCUCGUCAAUCACCCCAAGCUCGUCAUGGACGACAACAACCCCAAGCACCUUGCAAUCAAGCAAAAGCUGGCAAAGUCGGGCGAGCAGCUACAGUCCAUUGCGCACGCACCCAAACUGCAAGCUUUGAGGCAAUUACUGAAUGACUGUGGUAUCGGGCAAACACCCCUCUCUGAAGGGGAGGGCGCCAUCGAGACUACGGUGUCGCAGCACAGAGUGCUGGUCUUCUGCCAGAUGAAGCAGAUGAUUGAUAUUAUCGAGCAUGACCUGUUUAAGAAGCACAUGCCAUCAGUCACAUACAUGCGCCUGGAUGGCAGUGUCAGCGCUGAGAAGCGCUUCGACGUUGUGCAAACCUUCAAUUCGGACCCGAGCAUCGACGUGUUGCUGCUUACGACGCAAGUCGGCGGUCUCGGCUUGACGCUCACAAGUGCUGACACAGUAAUCUUUGUCGAACACGACUGGAACCCGAUGAAGGAUCUACAAGCGAUGGAUCGCGCGCACCGUCUUGGCCAGAAGAAGGUGGUCAGCGUCUAUCGUCUCAUCACGAAGAACACGCUCGAGGCGAAGAUCAUGGGGUUGCAGCGCUUCAAGAUGAACCUGGCGAACACGGUGGUCAGCCAACAGAACGCUGACAGCCUUGAGGCGAUGGACACGGAUCAAGUGCUAGAUCUAUUCAAUGUCAAUGGCGACAAUGCGGUUGCUGGCGGCGAGACGGCGAAAGUGGAAGGGAAGGGCACGAUCAGUCAGAAGGCGCUGCUGGAGAGUCUGCAAAGCAUGCCCGAUGCGGAGGAGAAUGAGUAUGCUGGCAUGACAGCAUGGAGGGGCUGACGACGACAGCAGCCUAUUUUAUGAUCAUGCAUCUCAUCAACGGAAUUGUCUUUUGCUGCAUCGAUUAAUCGCACACGCAACAAGCAAGUCAAGCAUCAAUGUACCAGUCGCUCAUGUUUUUGCAAUAUGUAGAUGGUGCUG